CUGACAGGGAACGGGAAUUUGCUGCUGGGGCUGCAAAACAGCUCGAAUAUCAGCAACUGGAAGACGAUAAACUCUCUCAGAAAUCAUAUAGCAGUAAACUCUCUCGAUCUCCACUAAAGAUUGUCAAAAAGCCAAAAAGCAUGCAGUGCAAAGUGAUCCUUCUAGACGGCUCAGAGUACACCUGUGAUGUGGAGAAACGCUCCAGAGGCCAAGUGCUGUUUGAUAAAGUAUGUGAACAUCUGAACUUGCUAGAAAAAGACUACUUUGGGCUUACGUAUCGAGAUACUGAAAACCAGAAGAAUUGGUUGGACCCUGCUAAGGAAAUUAAAAAACAGAUUCGAAAUGGUGCUUGGCAGUUUUCAUUUAAUGUGAAAUUUUACCCACCAGACCCCGCCCAGCUAUCUGAAGAUAUCACCAGGUACUACCUCUGCUUACAACUGCGAGAUGACAUCGUGUCUGGGAGGCUGCCCUGCUCCUUUGUCACCCUUGCCCUGUUGGGCUCCUACACUGUCCAGUCAGAACUUGGAGACUAUGACCCUGAUGAAUGUGGAAAUGAUUACAUUAGUGAGUUCCGCUUUGCACCCAAUCACACUAAAGAACUGGAAGAUAAAGUGAUCGAGCUGCACAAGAGUCACAGAGGAAUGACGCCAGCAGAAGCCGAGAUGCAUUUCUUGGAAAAUGCCAAAAAAUUAUCCAUGUAUGGGGUAGAUUUACAUCAUGCCAAGGAUUCUGAAGGAGUAGAAAUUAUGUUAGGCGUUUGUGCGAGUGGUCUGUUGAUAUAUCGUGACCGGCUGCGGAUAAAUAGAUUUGCCUGGCCCAAGGUUCUAAAAAUCUCAUACAAACGGAACAACUUCUACAUUAAGAUCCGCCCGGGUGAGUUUGAACAAUUUGAAAGUACCAUUGGGUUUAAACUGCCAAACCAUCGAGCUGCCAAGCGUUUAUGGAAAGUGUGUGUUGAGCACCAUACAUUUUUCAGAUUGUUGUUACCAGAAGCACCUCCAAAGAAAUUCCUUACCUUGGGCUCCAAGUUCCGUUAUAGCGGCAGAACGCAAGCCCAAACCAGAAGAGCCAGCGCACUGAUAGAUCGUCCAGCCCCUUACUUUGAACGCUCCUCCAGCAAACGUUACACCAUGUCUCGCAGCUUGGAUGGAGCAUCAGUGAAUGAAAACCAUGAAAUAUACAUGAAGGAUUCUGUGUCUGCUGCAGAGGUUGGUACUGGCCAGUACGCCACAACAAAGGGCAUCUCUCAGACCAACUUGAUCACCACUGUGACUCCGGAGAAAAAGGCCGAGGAGGAGCGUGAUGAGGAAGAGGACAGACGGAAAAAGGCCGAGGAAGCCACUGCUGCCGCGGCAGUACGGCCCGAGGGAAAGACGGACAGUGAGCGCACGGACACCGCGGCCGAUGGGGAAACCACUGCCACUGAGGAGCUAGAUAAAACUCAAGAUGACCUGAUGAAACAUCAGACCAAUAUUAGUGAGCUGAAAAGAACCUUUUUAGAAACCUCCACAGACACUGCCAUCAUGAAUGAAUGGGAAAAAAGGCUUUCUACCUCCCCAGUGCGACUAGCCGCCAGGCAGGAAGAUGCACCCAUGAUAGAACCACUUGUCCCUGAAGAGACCAAAGAAGAAAGAGAGAUUUCUGAAAAGGUUAUAUUUUUGCAGCAGGGAAGCUCUUCAUUCCUUGAGUCUCAGCCAAGUGUGAUACAGAGAAUGCGGGAAGGAGACUCUGUGGUUACCUCUCAGCAAAUCAUUUUCCAGAAAACGGUCCCAUCGACCCUAGAGGGCACAGAGGAUUGGGUUUUUGUAGACAAAAUACCUACUGAGGUAGUUGAUGGCGAUUUGAAAAAGAUUGUGACUUACAAGGUGGUGACCAUGAGCAGUAGAACUGGUGACAUCCCCGCUGACAUGUUACGCUCUAGUACCAUUGAAAUGCAGAGCUUCGACGACUUGGCCCAGGAAAUACAAUUGAAAGAAGAAAGCAAACAGAAGAUAUACGCUCUAGGAAAGUCCUAUGAUACCGUAUCCGGAAAAAUCGUGACUAUGACAGAGAAAGCUAAGGAGGGAGAGAAGGGAGUGCAGCCCUCGGGUCUUGAAGUGUUUCAGAAAAUGGAGCCCAGGAAGGUCACCCCCGUCAUGACAGAGUACGAGGUCCUGGAAGCCAUCGCUGAUGAGAAGUCCAAGCGAGGACCCGAGGGCCACACUCCGAAGCGGAGGUUGUCGGAGUCCCUGGCUCCCAUCAAGGAGGCCGAGUCCCGGCGGCAGAGUCCCGAGGAAGAAGAACCCAGGAAGGCUCAGAAAACAGAAACCAAGACAGAGUCCAGCGAAACCGAGACAGAAACAACCCAGCCCCCACAGCCACUUAGCAUGGAGAAGGUUGUUCAGGAAACGGUGGUGGUGGAGGAAAGACGUGUGAUGAAUGUGCAUGCAAGUGGGGAUGCUUCUUACGCGGCUGGAGAUGACGCAGAUGCUGCAGCACAGGCAGCAUCUGCUGGUGCUUCUAGCGUUAAAGGGAAGGAGGGCUCUGCUCUGACGGAGGGGGCUAAAGAGGAGAAAGGGGAGGUUGCCGAUAAAGCUGUCCUGGAACAGGAAGAAAUGGCCACUGCUUCCCAUGAGCCAGAGGAGGAGCAGAGUGCAACAAUCCACGUUUCUGAAACUUUGGAACAAAAACCUCAUUUUGAGUCAUCCACCGUGAAGACAGAAACCAUCAGUUUUGGCAGUGUGUCGCCAGGAGGAGCAACGCUCGAAAUUUCUACCAAGGAACUGCCAGUCGUUCACACAGAAACCAAAACCAUAACAUACGAAUCCUCAGAGGUUGAUCCUAGUGCUGAUUUGGAGCCCGGCGUGCUAAUGAGUGCACAGACGAUCACAUCUGAAACCACCUGUUCCACGACCACCACCCACAUCACCAAAACUGUGAAAGGAGGCAUUUCAGAGACGAGAAUUGAGAAGCGAAUAGUCAUCACGGGCGAUGCGGACAUCGACCAUGACCAGGCGCUGGCUCAGGCAAUUAAAGAGGCCAAAGAGCAGCACCCUGACAUGUCAGUAACCAAAGUAGUGGUCCAUAAAGAGACAGAGAUCACACCGGAAGAUGGAGAGGAUUGACCCCAGGAAUAACUUAGCCUGCACAGGAAUCCAGUCAUGCAAACCAUUAGGAAAACCAGAGCCUAUAUGGAGUUCUUUCUUCUAACCCCACUGACUUGUAUCUGCCCGUGGAAACUUUCAAUCCAGAAGAACAAACCUUGACCGUUAAUUAAAGACACUGGCAGAGAGAUCUCCCCAUAAUAAAGCAAUCCGAAUCAGCAGCACUAAACUGAUAAUUGCAUGAAGCAACGAUAAAAUUACAAAAGAGCAGCAUUUUUAAUUUUCACAAAGUGUCUAAGUUUUCAGCUAUACCUGCACGUUCAUAACCAACAAUAUAAACCGUGAUCUCAUGUAACACAUAACCAAUCCAUGCCUUUUAUAGUUUAUUAUCAUUAAAGUCUAAACACAAUUGCAGUUUCCUAGGUGACAGAUCUUUUGUUUACAGAUAAAUGAAGAUUACCCUAAAACGCUAGAAGCUGUCUAGGUCCGUUGUGUCAGGUUUAUCCCAGAUUAGAUGUGCCAAUAACCGAGUCCACUCAGUAAACACUUGAAUCUUGUACUUGUUUCACCUGGUUUUAUUACUCUUAACCCAUAAACAGUGACGACUCUCUGAUCCUCUGGAGAUAGUUAAUGCUUCCAGUCCUGCUUUGUGUAUCUAAUUUAAUUCAUUAUAAGGUAGUACUGAUUUUAGCAUAUUAAUGUGAUUUCUUCCUUGUCGUCCACUUUGCUCUGCGUUCAAUCUUAAAAGAUUUCCAGAGUUCCCUAUCAGAUCCUAAAUAUGUAAAUUGUCAUUAUUUGGGGAAAAAUAUGUAUUUUUGUUAGUUCACAAUAUUCUGAAAUUUCACUGUUGGAGUGGUUUGUUGUUUUUUUUUCUAUCUUCAUUUCUGCUUUCUUAUAUUUUUUAAUUGAUUUUUCUUCUUUUAUUUAAAAAACUGUUUUAUUUCCAAAUCUGGUCCAUAUUUACAACCUAGUUCAGAGCCAAGCCUUAAACUGUACAGAAUUUCCACUGUAAUUAAGCUAUUUACUGUUCAGUUAUAAAUAGACUUCAAAAAGAUAUAUUCUCCAUUACACUGUCUAUUGCAUCACUCAGCCCAUGGUGAAUGUAUGUUUCUGCAUAGUGAAAUAAAAAUGGUAAAUGCA